ACAACAAUAAAUAUGGCAUUGGAACAACACUCUCAAAUCUUAACCCCAACUAAUAUUAAAAAACGUAAAACUAUACCCCCCGAAUUGAUUGUUGAUAUAUUCAAAACCAUCGGAACAGAUAAAUAUUUAUUCACAAUCUACGAAACGAAGUACGGUUUUAUUAAAGUACUAUCAGAAGAUUUGUGGAACAGAUAUGCUAAAAAACUGUUGUCAUGUUCAUCGAUAAUAUAUUUAGCUGCAAAAAAUAUUUUCCGACAAGUCAAGAAAAAGGGAAAAUUUACUUUUUAUUUGUCAAAAAUGGAUGCUGAAAAUAAUCCAAACCCAGAGGAGUGGCCUGUUUUGACUGAUCCUUUAAUGGAGGCGUUAAAGAAAGCUAGUGUCUUUCAAGAGAACGAAGCGAAUGCGUUAAAGAAAGCUAGUGUCUUUCAAGAGAACGAAGCGAAUGUUGGUAAUCCAGAAAUGAUUGACUACUGGGUUGUGGUGUUCAAAUCUGCUAUGGCUAAGAUGGAACGCAAUGAGAAAAAUCAUAAUAAUGAGAAAGGAUUGUUGACAAAUAAUUACGAGAAGGAAAUUCGAGAGCGGGAUGCACAAAUUCGAAGACUCUCUGCUUCUCAGACGUCUAAUAUUGGUUUGGGUUUAUUGACUUCGGCUUCAGCUCUAUUUAAUCAAGGCAUUGCAAAAUUAAUUGAGGCAAGGAAUGCUUUUGGUGGCGGUGGUACACCUGUUAUUGGUUCACCAACAAGUGCUUCCAAAAAUCUUUGUACAUCAAUGAGUUCUUCUAAAAUGAUUGGUACUCCAAAGUCUCCAAGAUCGACUACAUCUACUCCUUCGUCGUCUAAACGUAAGCAAGUUCCUCCGGGACUGUGUCCAGUAUGUGAACUGAGAAAUAAGGAAGAGUCUGCCUAUCGGAUUUUUACUUGUAGCUUGUGUAAGAACUUUUUCAAACGUGUCAUCGGCUGUAAAUUUCAGCCGACCGCUGGUUGUGGUAAAAAUUGUUCUAAAGAGGAUUUGUUGAAGUGUGAACAUUGCUGGUACAUGAAAUGUCUCAAUGCGGGGAUGAAGUCGCUCCAACAGUCGACGCACAAACGCAAGCUCUCUAUGGAUGAGUCGGAAAAGUUGCCAAAGGAGAUCAAACUGGCCGAGUCGGAACGUAAAUCUUCUGAUGACGAGGCAGUUGGCGGAACAUCUCCGCAGCAGUAA